CCACCUCUGGCAUCUGGCUGUGUCCCUGAGAAUUCCAAGCCCCGGGGCAGUUCCCUCCUGAGAUACCACCUCCACCUGGGUCAAGGCUAUGAGCACAGCCUGCUCACUCACCAGCAGCUGGACCCAGGAUCUCCCGCUGACCAUUUCCAGCUCCAGCAAAUAGCAUAUUUUCAGGGAGUUUUCCCAGAAGUGCCCCUUCCUGGAAAGCAGGCCUUUUCACUGCUGUCAUUCCUGGAACUCAGGCCAAGGUUUCCAGGCCCACCUGUCAGAUUCAGGCAGCCAGGGAACGGGGCUGUCCCUAGGGAUGUGCCUCUCAGUAGGCCGGGGUGCCAUGAAGGACUGCAGCCCCCUUUAUCACGCACCAGGGUUGUGGCAUGCAAAGGUGUUGACAGGCUUUCCUCACGCUUCCAGCGUCUCAGUAUAGAUCAGGAUCGGGAGCAAAGGAUCUUUGAGGAGCUGAAGAAGGGGCAGGUUCUUUCAGCUCGGCUGGCUGCUAAGCUCCGAACCCCAAGAAAGGACAUCAAUCGAGUUUUGUACUCCCUGGCGAGGAGGGGUAAACUGCCCCAAAAGGCAGGAAGGCCCCCUCUGUGGAGCAUCACCAUCUCCGCUGCAGCUGAGGAACAGCUGUGUAUGGCAGAUCGGGAACCCGUGCCACAGAAUCCAGAUCUCUGUAGCCAGGGAACUCCAGGCUCAGCCCAGAGUUUGGAAGCUGAGGACACAGGUGUCCCAUCUGACGUAGAAGAAGAUUCUGCUGAGCCUUUGGACAUGCUGAGAUCAAGGAGAAAAAUCUGUGAAUACCUGUUCAAUGUGUCUAACUCCUCUACCCUGAAUGUGGCCAAAAAUAUUGGCCUCAGCAAGGCCCGCGAUGUGAACAUGGUGCUGAUUGAUUUGGAAAAGCAGGGCGAUGUCUACAGGCAGGGGGCCACCCCUCCCAUCUGGUAUUUGACAGACAAGAAGUGAGAAAGGAUGCAGAUCAAGAGAAAUGCAAACAGUGUCCCCGAAACCACUCCCACCCUCGCCACCAAGAGAAACACAGCGCUCCCCACCAGUUGUCCACCAAAGUCUGAUGCUUCACACACCACAGUGGCCAUGGUAAAGAUAGAGAAUGGACAGGAGCCUGCCAUAAAGGUAGAAAGGCAAGAGGCGAGGCCGGAACCCGCAAGACUGAAACCACCAGUGUAUCACAAUGGCCCCUCCAAAGCAGGCUAUGUUGACUUUGAAAAUGGCCAGUGGGCAACAGAUGACAUCCCAGAUAAUCUGAAUAGCAUCCAUGUAGCACCAGAACUGCAAUUGGAGAUCCUCAGAACUUUGGUUGCCAAUCUGGUUGAUGAAAACAUCUCUAAGAUGUAUUGCCUACAGGUUUACAAGUUGAUUUUUUAUGUUCAAUCAGUGCCCCGAAUUUCAAAAACACAGCUGUCCUGA